AUGUCAUUUGUUCAACCGUUUUUCAUGCAAAUUCUAAGACUUAAAUGCUUGUACAUUAACAUUUUAUGUCGUUUCGUAGUUGGAUUGGAUAUUUCUGAUAAGGCUCUCAAGAAAGCUAAUGAGACUUACGGCUCCUCACCGAAGGCAAAGUACUUUUCGUUCGUGAAGGAAGAUGUUUUCACUUGGCGUCCUAAUGAAUUAUUUGACCUCAUCUUCGACUAUGUGUUUUUCUGCGCAAUUGAACCGGAGAUGAGACCUGCAUGGGGUGAAUCCAUGCAUGAACUCCUGAAACCUGACGGAGAACUCAUAACUCUGAUGUAUCCGAUGACCGACCACGAGGGUGGAGCUCCCUACAAAGUAGCUUUGUCUUCCUACGAAGAUGUGUUGGUUCCGUUAGGAUUUAAAGCAGUGUCCAUUGAGGAGAACCCAGACUCCAUUCCCACUCAGGCCCGUUGUUAA